AUGUCAGGCGCAAGGCAUUGGGAGCAAGAUAAAGAGGCCACUGUCUAUAUUGGCAAUCUUGAUGAGCGGGUAUCCGAUAGCCUGGUAUGGGAGCUCAUGCUACAGGCAGGGCGCAUCGUUAAUGUUCACCUACCGAAAGAUCGAGUCACACAGUCACACCAAGGCUAUGGCUUCGUCGAGUUCAAUAGCGAAGAAGAUGCGGAAUACGCGUCGCGGAUAAUGAACGGGAUUCGCCUAUACGCCAAACCCAUUCGCGUGAAUAAGGCUUCCGCCGAUAAGCAGAAGUCGGUUGAGAUUGGAGCUGAGCUCUUCGUUGGGAACCUUGAUCCCAUGGUCACCGAGCAAGUUUUAUAUGACACUUUCAGCCGCUUUGGAAAUUUAGUUAAUCUACCUAAGGUCGCGAGGGAUGACAGCAAUUUAUCAAAAGGAUAUGGCUUUGUGUCGUUUGCCGACUUCGAAUCUUCGGAUGCCGCCAUAGCUAACAUGAAUGGCCAGUAUCUGAUGAACAAACAGGUGUCUGUACAAUAUGCUUAUAAGAAAGAUGGAAAGGGCGAGAGGCAUGGUGACCAGGCAGAACGAAUGUUAGCGGCACAGGCUCGCAAACAUAACGUGCGACCACCAACUCAAACUCUUCCACCGCAGUUCACAGCUCCUGCUACACCCAUCGUACCCGGCGCAAUAACCAACGGUGAUGUCUCACGACCAAUGAGCACGGUGCCGCCAGAUCAGGGCUUAGGGAGCACCCCGCAACCUGUCGGCUUCCCACCUAACAUAGCUUCUCAGCAGCCACUGGCCAGACCCGGCCCGCCUCCAGUCUCACUGACAACGCCUCCUCCAGGUCUCCCAGCACGGCCGCCUCCGUCCCAGGCUGGGUACGGAGGUCCACAAACCUUCCUACCUCCCGGCUUCAACAACCCCGGUCAACAGCCUCCUUUCCCCUCCCAAGCCGCACCCCCUCCAGGGUUUCCGACUCCAAACUUCGGGGCGCCUACAGGAAACUCCGGUCCACCACCACCGCCACCAUUACCUUCUGGAUUCCAACAGCCAGGGUACGGUCGAGGUCGCUGA